AUGGCACAGCCUCGCGAGGUGCCAUUCCUCAUGCGACUUCUGGUCGCAUGGGUGACGUUCUACUAUAGCAUCUUCCUCGACGCCGUCGCCAAGUCGGUCGGAGGUUUGUUGGAGGCGAACGUCUUCACGGAAGAUGGGUCCUCAGCCUCUAGCUCACACGGCUCCAACCGAACAGCCGAGCGGAAGAGAAGCCACGAGGUGGCAUGCCUGGUCGCUAUCAAAUACCUGGCCACCGGCAUGUCGUUCGUGGACUUGUCUCUCGUCUUCGGCCUCUCCAAGACCCUGUGCCACAUGCUUGUUGACGCUCUGCUCAUGCACUUCCCCUCCGUCUUCAAGCAGCAGUGGGUCCACUUCCCGACCCGUGACGACCUCGACGAGAUGGCUGAGGAGUUCGGCGCCAUCAAAGGAGUUCCUGCAGUAGUGGGGGCUAUAGACGGCACACACGUGCACAUGAAGGGGAUGGAGGGGCACAGGCAGGAGUAA